UGCACCGCGCCGCUGCCAUUCAUUCGCCGCUUCCGGUAAGAUGGCGGCCGCCUUGGUGCGAGGUGCAGUCAGGGAGGUCGGCUGGCUGCCAUCUCUGCAGUGUGUCCGCCAUGGCUCCAAAGCCGUCACCCGCCACAGAAAGGCUAUGCACUUCGAGAGGCAAAAGAUGGUGGCCCUGACAGAGUAUAUUGCACCCAAGCCCACUAUGCCCGAGAGAUGCGUGGCCCCUCAGCCCAAACCCAGCGAAAUGGUUAAGGAGAACCCCCUGGAGCAGCUUCUGUGCAGCCAGUUGCGCACUGUCCUACAGGAUUGCAAAAUGGUGGCCGUGUUUCAGCGCAGUGCAGCGGGGGCGGAGGACUUGUUACAUUUGCGCCACAGACUCCUGAAACACGACAUUCACAUGAAGCAUUUCCCCCUCCAGGUUGUGAGGAAAACGUUAGCCGAUUCCCAUCUGAGCUCCAUGUUGCCUCUGUUUAUAGGCCACACGUUCCUAAUAGUGAGCCAUGAAGUGAAGGUGAAGCAAAUGCUGCAGUGCGUCCGGAGCCUGCCCCAAGUCCAGCUUUUGGGUGCCUGCGUUGAGAAUAGACUUCUCAGUCGCCAGGGAGUGGUGAACUACUCGAGACUGCCCAGCUUAGAGGUUCUGCGGGGGCAGGUAGUGGCCGGACUGGCACUGAUGGCAUCCCUUACCCCUUCCCUGCUCACACAGCACUCAGUCAAGCUGGGCGCCCUGUUGGAUCAGCACAUAAAGCAGAAGAGCGCAGAGCAGCCCUGACAAGCCCCAAUACGUUUGCGUGGAACCCCAAUAAAAUGAACUGUACAUAAAGCA